AUGCAAAAUGAUGAGAUGAUAUGGCAGGUGAUCAAUCACCAAUUUUGUUCCUACAAGGCAAUCAUUGGCAAGGCAAAGUCUGAUAAGACAACCUUCUGCUCACAUCCCUACUCUGUCACUGGACUCUGUAAUCGUACCAGUUGUCCAUUGGCCAAUUCCUUGUAUGCCACCUUGCGAGAAGAAAAUGGCAAAGUCUUUCUCUGCAUGAAGACGGUGGAGAGAGCACACUCACCGAAAAACUUGUGGGAAAAAGUCCUAUUGAGCCGGAAUUACUCGAAAGCACUAGCACAAAUUGACGAACAUUUGCAAUUCUUCCCCAAAGUUCUUGUGCAUAGAAACAAGCAACGACUGACCAAAAUUCACCAAUACCUGUUGCGCAUGCGCAAACUGAAGCUGAAGGAGCUAUCAGGCCGCAAGGCCAAGAUUGUGCAGGCACCAACCCGAAAGGUUGCUCAACGAGAAGCCCGACGAGAACAAAAGGCGUUGGUGGCUGCCAAGAUUACCCAGAAGGUCGAACAAGAAUUGGUCGACCGAUUGGCCAAGGGAACCUAUGGGGACUUGUACAAUUUCCCUGAGACAGCAUACAAUAAGGCACUCGAACAAAGAGAGGGAGAAGAAGAGGAAGAAGAAGAAACUGAGAGCGAAAGCGAAGAAGAGGAAAGCAUCACCGAGUACGUUGAAGAUUUGGAAUCCGAAGAAGAAGAAAUGGAAGAGGAUAUGGAGGAUAUGGAAUACAUGGGAGACGGUAAAUGGGGCAAGAACAUGGAUGACUCUGACGAUAGUGAUGGAGACGACGAUGAUGACGAUGACGAAUCCAAUGAUGAAUCUCCACGAAAACGACGAAAGAAGAAGUCACCAAGGAAAGGAUCACGGGUGGAGAUUGAAUACGAAGAAGAGAAUGAGGAUGAAGAAGAGAGAUUACAAGAAGCUGGCAUGGCUUGGUAA